AGCAUCGCAGCGCUGGCCGUUGUUGUGUGCGGAACAGUGCGAGCGAGCUAGCGAAGGGGGCUAAUGUUAGCUUGCCGGUUAGCUAAGGGGCUAGCUAAGGGGUUUUGUCGUUAUUCCGAGAGAAAAUGUUUGUUACUCUGUCCAGUUCAUAGAUUUCAAAAAAGUAGUGUGAGGAAUCUUAUGGAGACGUUAUAAGUCGGAAAGGUAACUCAACGUUGGCUAUUUCCCUGAAUUUGUCGCUGCUGUCUGUGGUCCUUUGACAGCUCCGAUAUGGAGACGCCGGGCAGGAUAGCAGCCGCAACGGACGCCCUGGACUUCACCGUAGAAAACGUGGAGAAGGCCCUCCAUCAGUUGUACUAUGAUCCCAAUAUUGAGAAUAAAAACCUGGCCCAGAAAUGGUUGAUGCAGGCCCAGGUCUCCCCUCAGGCCUGGCAGUUCUGCUGGGCCUUGCUUAGUCCAGAUAAGGUCCCAGAGAUCCAGUACUUUGGUGCCAGUGCACUCCACACUAAGAUCUCUCGCUACUGGUCAGACAUUCCCACAGACCAGUAUGAGUCGCUGAAGACCCAGCUGUUCUCCCAGAUUGCCUGCUUCUCCUCCGGCUCUAAGAUGGUGCUCACCCGCCUAUGUGUGGCCCUGGCCUCGUUGGCGCUCAACACCAUGCCCGAGGCCUGGCCCGGAGCAGUGGCAGAAAUGGUGCGGGUGUUCCAGGAAGAAGGGGGAGGGGUGGAUGGACGGGCACGGUGCCUGGCAUUGCUGGAGCUGCUCACCGUGCUUCCCGAGGAGUUCCAGACCAGCCGUCUGCCGCAGUACCGAAAAGGACAGGUGCGGGGGGCCCUGGGCCGUGAGUGGAGUUCAGUGUGCCCCUUACUGCAACAGCUGCUGCGAAGGGCAGACAGCCCCGGGGCAGUGAAGGCUCGUGUGUUGCGCUGCUUGUCAUCCUGGGUGCUGCUGGAUGUACCCCUCAAUGAAAGCGAAGGCCUGGUGCAAGACUGCUUCAGUGCCCUGCCUGACCCCGAGCUCUUCGACACUGCAGUUGAGGCUAUUGUAAAUGCCAUCUCACAGCCCGACUCCCAAAGAUAUGUCAACACUCUACUGAAGCUGGUUCCCCAGGUGCUUGCCCUGCAGGAGCAGCUCAGAGAGGCUGUUCAGAGCGGAGACAUGGAGACUUGCCACGGAAUCUGCCGUAUCGCCGUCACACUGGGAGAGAACCACUCCAGGACCCUGUUGGAGCAAGUGGAGCACUGGCAGGGCUUCCUUGCUCUAGUCAACAUGAUAAUGUUCUGUACUGGCAUCCCUGGCCAUUACCCAGUCAAUGAGACCACCAGCUCCCUCACACUCACCUUCUGGUACACCCUACAAGAUGAAAUCAUGUCAUUUGAGUCAGACAGGCAGGCAGUGUAUCUGCAGGUCUACAGACCAGUGUAUUUCCAGUUGGUGGAUGUGCUGCUGCACAAGGCCCAGUUCCCCUCUGACCAGGAAUAUUCAUCUUGGUCCUCAGAUGAAAAAGAGCAAUUCAGGAUCUACAGGGUGGAUAUCUCGGAUACACUCAUGUAUGUGUACGAGAUGCUGGGAGCAGAAUUGCUUAGUAACCUGUAUGAUAAACUUGGAAGACUGUUGACCAAUACAGAGCAGCCCACGUCAUGGCAGCACACAGAAGCUUUGCUGUACGGCUUCCAGUCUAUAGCAGAGACCAUAGAUGUGAAUUACUCGGAUGUCAUCCCAGGCCUAAUAGGACUCAUCCCCAGAAUCAGCAUUAACAAUGUCCAGCUGGCGGAUACUGUCAUGUUUACUAUAGGUGCUCUAGCAGAAUGGCUGGCAGAUCACCCGGUGAUGCUGAGUAGUGUCCUACCUCUGGUGCUGCAAGCCUUAGGGAACCCGGACCUCUCCGUCUCCUCUGUUUCCACACUCAAGAAAAUCUGCAGGGAAUGCAAAUAUGACCUGCCACCCUACGCAACGAACAUAGUAGCUGUCUCUCAGGAGGUGCUUAUAAAGCAGAUUCACAAGACGAGUCAGUGUAUGUGGCUGAUGCAGGCUCUGGGUUUCUUGCUCUCUGCUCUCCCAGUGGAAGAAAUUUUGAGAAACCUCCACUCUCUCAUCACCCCCUAUAUACAGCAACUUGAGAAACUAGCAGAGGAGACACCCAAUCCCUCCAAUAAGCUAGCAAUCAUCCAUAUCCUGGGACUGCUAUCCAACUUGUUCACUACACUCGACAUCAGCAAGCAGGAUGAUGAAUCAGGGGAAGGCUCAGCUCCACCCAUCAAAACAACCCCACCCCCACCUGGACCUAAUCCAGUGGUAUUGGUCUUGCAGCAGGUGUUUGCUCUUAUACAGACUGUACUCAGCAAGUGGCUCAAUGACUCGCAGGUUGUAGAGGCGGUGUGUGCAAUCUUUGAGAAGUCUGUGAAGACCCUACUCCAUGACUUUGCUCCCAUGGUGUCUCAGCUGAGUGAGAUGCUGGGCCAGAUGUACAGCACCAUACCCCAGGCCUCAGCUCUGGACCUCACACGACAGAUGGUGCACAUCUUUGCCAGUGAGACAGACCACUUCUCGCCCAUCAAGGCUCUGUUUGAGCUGGUUACCUCGGUAACGCUCUCCAUCUUCCACCAAGGACCCAGGGAUCAUCCUGAUAUUGUUGAUUCAUUUAUGCAACUCCAAGCUCAGGCCCUCAAACGGAAGCCCGAUUUGUUUUUGUCUGAAAGUCUCGACGUGAAGGCGGUGUUCCACUGUGGAGUUCUGUCACUCAAAUUCCCAGAGGCGCCGACAGUCAAGUCUACGUGCUUGUUCUUUACGGAGUUGUUGCCCCGCUGCUCAGAUGUGCCCCCGGUGGCCAGGGUGGUGCAGGAAGACGGCAAACUACUGGUGCAGGCUGUGCUGGAGGGAAUUGGCGGCGGAGCGUCUCGAAGUCUGAUGGAUCAGUUUGCAGAGGUGCUGUUCAGUCUGAACAAGCACUGCUUUGCUCUGCUUUCGGUGUGGCUAAAGGAGGCGCUGCAGCCCCCAGGAUUCCCCUCUUCGCGGGUCACCACUGAACAGAAAGACACCUUUUCACAGCAGAUACUCAGAGAGCGUGUGAACAAGCGGAGAGUGAAGGACAUAGUGAAGGAGUUUACCCUAGUUUGCAGAGGGCUACAUGGUACAGAGUAUGCAGCUGAAUACUGAAACGCAACCCUUGAACUUUAACCUAACCGAGACCUCUGCCCUCAGUGCAAAACAGCUGGAUUCCCCAAUGGCUCUACCAAACCCCAACACUGAAGACUUCAUUUGACGAUUGUAACAGUACCCAAACCACUACAGGACAAGAGAUGGAACCAUUCCAGUGCAAAGCUGCCAUUGAAUGAACAGAUGAACAAUGCUAUUAAAUCCACAGUGACUUUAGGGAGGCUUGUUCUCUGGUCUAUUUUUCCAUUUGUAUUACAGCCCAGCCCAACCCCACCCCACCCCACCAACUUGUUUUAUGAUCUUCAAUCCAUUUUUUUUUUUUUUUUGUGAGCUUUGAGCAACACUCCCAGCACACUCAUUGUUCAUGCCUCCUGUUAUGUUUCUUGUUCUGCCUUUCUAAAUCUUCCAUGGGUCUAAAGCUGUUUCCUGAUGUUUAGCAUCCAUCUGAACUGAUAGUGGUACUGUUUGUAGUUAAUAGGCGUUGUCUUUUUUGAAUGAAAAUAUAUAUAUAUAUAUAAUAUAUAUAUAUAUAUAUAUUAUAUAUAUACUAAUGUUGAAAUAGGAGUUCUUGGACCUGCUACUUAUGGGAAGCGAGAAGGACCAAUGUCAAGAGGGGCUUUACAGACACAAACACAUUUAUAUUGUGCUUUAUACACCAGCUCAUACCCCACUACUCUUUGAAUUUGCCAAAUUAUUGUGGAGAUUUACGUGAAAGUGUAUUUUCUUUUCCUUCUCAUUAUUUUGAUAUUUGCCUGUGUGGGGCAUGAGUGGAAAUAGAAAAAAGACCAGAAAAUUGACUUAAUGUCGGUUCGCUCCUCUGCCCAGCCCUACAUCUGUAGGGCUAUACCUCAUGUACAUACCACACAGUCACGCUAUAGUCUGACUUGGAUGUAGAAUAUGGACUUCAUGUACUGGUCCCUUGGGGAAAGCUGUGCAGCUCAUAGGAAUGCAAAAGAAUUGGUGUGGAAACCAGGGAGUUAAAGAAGGUUGAAUCAGUCAUCUGGAUAAUAAUAAUAAAUCAAUCUUGUAUAGCACUUUUCUAACACUCAAAGUCGCUUCACAAUAAACGGGGGGAAACAAGACAUGUUUAUUGACAGAUAUGUUUCACUGCUCAACUAAGUGACAUCUUCAGUCAGACUGAAGAUGUUACUUAAUAAACAUUGUAUCCAGAUGAAUUGAUUCAACCUUUGAUUUUCUUACCUGGAUUAUUGAGCAUGCAUCAAGACAGAAACCAGGGAAGGGCUAAAUGGAAGGGAGGAUGAGGUGCAAGAUGAAAACAGAAGGGAAUUUAGCGUUUAGAGCGAUUAAUGGUCCUCACGUUGGACUGCGUAGUCACUGUAAUUGUUCAAAAUUAUUAAUCAAGAUGUGCAUAUUAACAGCUAUUAUUGAACACUUGUGUGUUUGAGAGUGUGCAUGUGUACAUACCUGUAUGUGUGUGAGCGGUUGUGUGUGCACAGAUGUAUUGUUUCCACUUAUUCAGUGCACUUAUAUUGGACCUACACUUGCAUCUACUAUCUUUUAAACAGAAGCCCCAUCUAUUUCUCUACACCACACUCAGACUCCUCUUUUCCUAAAGGCUGUCUUGGCAUGCCCAUUUUUUCACUUUUGCUGUCACACCCACCCAUUAACCUCUUCCAUCAGCCUAGGGCUGGCAAGUUAUAUUCACUGGCUAAACUAAUUUAUUCAUGUCAUCAGUUAAACUGCACACCAACUGCUCUUAAUUGAUGCUUGUGAACAAGCUACCUGAAAUGAAUCACCUGUUUUGGUGACUACCUAGGAGAAGACUUAAGAAGGAUUAGAGUCAUGAUGAAACAAAUUAAAAAAUAGAUGAGAAAGAUGAUCCAAAUUCGGAACAGAAAAAACAGAAGCAUUGUUAGCCCAUACAUAAUGUGAGCGAUAUAAAGUGAUGUGAAGGCUUCUAGUAUACACCAAGGCCAGUUAUAGCAUUUAGGCUACACUGUCUAUCAGACCAGCAGAAACCAUAGUCAUUUAAUAAAGCUUCAAAAUGUACUCUGUGGCCUCCUAUGAGUGUUUUGUCAAUAAUCUAAUCCUUCUGUCCUAUCCGAGGUGCCUGCAGACAUGUAGCAUGUAUAUGUUGUGUGGGGAUUUGGGGUUCAGGGCAUAGAGAAAGUGGAUUUGGAUUCAGUGUGACAUUGACUUAAAGAAUUGACAACGUUAGUUUGAGACGAGAUGCAUCGCCGGAAUCGUCUGUUCUUCGCCAAGUCUUUGUUUUAACUGUAAUGGGUUUGAAGGUUUAAAAAUAAUCCAAGGUCUGUAAAUGGUCUUUAUAAUGUCUUUUACUGAGAACAUUGUCAGAAAAUAAUACAUUUUGACGCUACUGAGAAGAGGAGGUAAACUUGUGAGUGAAGGGAGGGAGAAACGAAAUGUACAUUGUUGUUUUUUGUUUUUUUUGUACCUUGCUUUAAUUUAUUAAAUAUAUCUAAG